UCGAAACCAAAAGCCAUGCAGCACUAAACAGAACAGGACAAACUACAGCGCUCCACGAGAAUUUUCCACCUUCCUCUCUCUCUCUCUAGCGUAAAGCGGCUCAAACAGCAGCCACAGAAAAGCCACAAAAACGAGGCUCCUCAGAAAGGACUAACAAGGGAGAGGAGCGGGAAAGAAAGCCUUCUUUGAUUGGGCUUGUAAAGCGAAAGCCGCGCCUCCGAGUGGGCGUGAGAGAAAGGCGUCUCCAUUUAAAAGUAGGAAGGCUCCAGCUUCAAUCGGCGCGAGCGCGGCGGCGAGGCCUUUGAAGAGGCGGGAGGAGGAGCCAAGAGCACCACGUGGCCUCGCGCUGUUAACUGCCGCCACGAGGUUUUCUUUGGCGCGUUUUUUCGCGUGGCGGCCGGAGGAGGGUGGGGAUGUUGCGCCCCUUCGGUUAUUUCAGGAGCUUCUCCUGCCCCUUUGACGCCCGCGGGUGCCAGCGGCUUCACUGCCAGUACAGGCAUAAGGCCGGGCGCCGGCGGGAGCAGCCGUUCCAUGCCCUGCAGCAGCCCUUGAGCGGUUCCCCUUCGCUGGGGCUGGGUAAAAAUACCCAAGAACUAGAAAGGACCAACAAAGCAAUUCAGUCAGUUAAGACUGAAGCUGAAGAAGGACAAAAGAAGCUCUUGUACUACAACUUAGAGCAAAAUAACUUAAAAAAUUAUUUGGCUCCUUCAAUAAAUGACUCUAAAGUAAAUAUGUCUUUUUGUAAUGAAAGCCAUCUUAGUAGUACUCAUACAAAAGACAAUGUUAGUACCAUGUCAACCUUGAAGAAUGCUUGCAAAUCUAAUAAAUAUAUUCUUGAUAAUAGCUGUCCAGUUACUGAUCUUGAAUAUGACCCGCUACUUCAUUAUUCUGCUGGUAUGCUGAGGUCUUCCUUGAAGGAAGAGGAUAAAAAUUACAAGCAGCAAGUAAAAAUGUUUUCUGGUGGAAAUUUGCAAGGAGCAAUAAAGGCUCCCGGUGAAAAUGGAUAUGGGUUUUCAAGGAAAAGAUCAAGAAGUUCUUCACCAAUAAAACUUGAAAUAAAACUGCAGGAAACAGAUGAUAAUAUGCUUGUAAUAGAUGCUCUACCAGUCAGUGUGUCAAAGAAACCAAAUAUAAUUAAAUCCUGUAAAAAAUGGAAAAAGGAAGAAAACGAAUUGAGUUUUGGAAGUAAUGCAAAAGCUCUGAAAAGCUUUGCAAAAUCAAAGUCUUCAUGUUGUAUAGAGGGAAGGAAACCACAAGAUAUCACAGUUGCUUUAGAUAAUGAUAGAAAAAUUAAUAAAAAAGAAACUAGAGUAAAAUAUGUGACAAAUGUAAAAUUGACCUCUUUGAAUGAAGAAAGUAAUCCUGAUCAGAGAAAAUCCUGUUUUAUGGGGAAAAGUAACAUAUUGUCCUAUUCUCAGAUGAAGCAGAAUUCUGAGAACAUAUCAAUUGAAACAAGUAAUAUGAAAGAGCAGAUGAACAACUGGAAAACUGUGCUAAACAAAACUCAGUCUGUAGUGUUUUCUAAAGACACAUCCAAGGAUGGAGUUGUAGACAUUUCCAAAAAAUCACCAGAUCGUUUAGGGAAACUUCAGAACCUGCAGCUGUAUGAAAAAAGAAAAGUACAGAAUAAAGCACAGAGCAGUCAUGAGGAUCUGGAUGAGAAAAUUCAUUUUUAUGAAAGCCUGGAUAAAAAGCACAAUGAUAAAAGUGUGUAUACAACUGUCCAAGCAGAUGAGAUUAUUGUAUUAGACUCUUCAGGAAAAGAUGAUUAUGAGGAAGAAACAGAACUUUCAGAUGAUAUCAUGGAGGAAUGUCGGAAAAUUUUUAAUGAGUUUGUUGAAGUACAGAAGGAAGAAAUAGCAAAGCAGGCACUUGCAGCACAAACAGAAAUAAAUUCUGGUUCAAAGGCAUGUCUGCUUCCUGGACAGAAGAGAAGAAUUGCACACACUGCAAAAUUUGAUGUUAAUACCACCAAGGAAAUAAUUGUACCUUUUAAGGCACCACUUUCUCAACAGACUUACCAUUCCAGAAUCUUGCAAGCUCAACAACAGGCAGUGCAAAUAACAGCUGCUGUUAAAAGUGGUCAAGCUUUUGUUGCUGCAACUUGUGGCUCAAGAAAAAGUGCAUCAGUAAUACCAGCUACACAGAUUCAAACCACGGGACCUGUGGUUUGUUUAAAUGUGUUUAAAGUUCAGCCAGUCUCAACAAGCAACAGUCACAUGAAUGUACUACUUCCUGGAAGUGCAUUGACAACAAUUCAGUCCAGUAAUUCAGUUAGACGGAUUGCUUCCAUGCCAGUUAAGGUAUCAAGUCGGAAAAGCCCUUCUGUUGUUCCAAAAUUUGGAUCUAAAGUACCACAUGAUAUAAGACAGAGAUAUGUCAACUUUUUUGUGGAAGAAUUCUUAAAAGUUUGUACAACAGUAAAUGAAGCUUUUGACAAGGCAUUGGCAGAAGAAAAGGCAAUAUAUGACCGCUGUGGUGGUAAAAAUAUGUACUUGAACAUAGCUGUGAACACACUUAAAAAACUGAGGAAUCAUGGCAGUUUGUCAUCAGAUUGCUGGAAUUUUGGUAAUAGAAGCGCUACUUCUGCUGGUUUCAGAAAACAAGAAAAAAAUGAGUUUACAGGAAUUACUCUCUAUAGACUUCUAAAAGGUUAUGCUCUCACUGAGGAACAGCUGAAGGAAAAUGGCUAUCCAGAACCAAAUCCUGAGAAACCUGGUAGUGCUCUGUUAUGCUCUGGCAGAGUUAAACCAGCUGUAUAUGUCUCUUCUAGAAGAAUUUGCUGUAGGUGUGGAAAAAUAUAUAGUGUAAGUUCGUCAGGAAAGCAUGUCCGGAUAGAAGAAUGCAAUUACCAUUCUGGUAGAAUAUUGAAACAUAAAGUUCCUGGUGGUUUGGAAACACGCUAUAAUUGUUGUGAGGGAGUAGUUGGGUCUCCUGGAUGCCAGGUUGCAAAGCUGCAUGUUCAUGAUGGAAGAAGGGAAAACUUAGAUGGAUUUGUGAAGACUUUCAUCAAGCCACCUCCACUUGGUGGAAAUCAUGGUGUAUUUGCACUAGACUGUGAGAUGUGCUACACAACACACGGUCUGGAACUUUCCAGGGUGACAGUAGUUGAUCCUUCUCUCCAAGUUGUCUAUGGUACAGUUGUGAAGCCAGAUAAUGAAAUCAUAGAUUAUAAUAACAGAUUAUCUGGAGUAACGGCAGAAGACAUGGAGAAUACUGUAACAUCAAUUAGGGAUGUGCAGGCAGUAUUGCUAAACUUGUUCAGUGCAGACACUAUUUUAAUCGGCCACAGUUUAGAGAGUGUUUUAUUUGCUCUUAAGCUAUUUCACAAUAAUGUCGUGGAUACAUCCACAGUUUUUCCUCAUCGUUUAGGUUUCCCUCAUAAAAAAGCACUUAGAAAUCUAGUAGCUGAUUGUCUUAGAAGAGUCAGUCAGGAUUAUGAGGGGGAUCAUGAUUCUAGUGAAGAUGCAACUGCUUGUAUGGAAUUAAUGCUUUGGAAAGUGAGAAAGGACAGUAAAGGUAGAAGAUAAUGCUUUCUCUCAACAACAGUCAGACCACAGCCUUUCAUCAUUGGCAGAAGAUGAUGACUACCAUCAAAAAGUCGUAAAGCAAUUUUAUACCACUGUAAUUAUGUUAAUUAAAAAGAGUAGUGUACUAAGUAUAUGUUUCUUUAGGCUGUACAGGAAAGUUCAGUUAAACUCAGUAUUCAAAUUACAUUUUUUCUCUCUAUAAUGUUAAAGUUGAUUACGGGAGCUUUGGGAGCUGCUCAAAGCUCCUAAUGUAAACAAUGAAAAUUUUCUAAUGUAGUUUAAAAGAACAUUGUACUUUAUUUUUAUGCAACUUGUAUUUCCUUAAUGCAAAUGCCUUGCUUUUCAGCUGACAUUGCUAUAUGGGCUUUUACUUCAGCAGCCAAAGUCCAACUUAGGGACAAAACACAUAGUAAAAAUUAUGCUCUUGCAUUUAUUUACUAGAUCUUGCUAGAAGGUGUAUAGGUAACUUUAAACACACACACAUAUAUAUUGUAUAACUUCAAUCUACUGUUGUAGAAAAUGUUUUUGUCUUUUGAACUGCACUUAGUUAAAAAUCAGCAAUGAAAAUAAUUGUAUAUCCUAUGAUUAAAAACAGGUCUCCACUACUAUAAAA